GUUCAGGUAUGUAAAUAAAUGAAUAAACGGGGCAAAAAUCAUUUAAAUCAACGAUACUUUGAUUGUGUUUUGAAUUGCUUGGUUACUACGACACAGUCACGGUUUGAAUGCGGCUUUAUUGUGAAAGGCCGUGCCGGAAAUGCCGCGUCCUUAACACGGGCCAAGUCCCAAGUGGUAACGUGUAAAGAAGUGGAGGAUGUGGGAGAUGUGGAGGAUGUUUCUCUGCUGACAUAUGCACGCCGCCGCUGCCAGGGGACGGCGACCGCAGUCGGGCUGACAAACGACACGUCCCGAAGACGCGGAGAGACAUGUAACUCCUCGCCGUGCCAUGAGGAGACGCUGCUCACGUAACCUCGGCGUGCUCGCCAAGGCCUUCCUGCUGCUCUGGCUGCUGUGGCUGGGUUAUCUCCUGCUGGCGCGCUCCCCCUUCCCCUCCUCGGCGCGCGACGACCACGCCAGGGACCUGGAGCACCAACGUCGGGCGGAAAGACGGGAGGAUGAUGACGACGACGACGGGCGGCUGUUGUCCGAGCCGCUGUACGCCAGGCCGCCCGCCGACAACGGCGCCCCCGGGGAGUGGGGCCGGGCGGCGCACCUCGACCUCAGUCCGGAGGAAAAGAAGCAGGAGGAGGACAGCGUGGAGCGUUACGCCAUCAACAUCUUUGUCAGCGACAAGAUUUCCUUCCACCGACACAUCAAAGACAACAGGAUGCCUGAAUGCCAAAGAAAGAAGUUUGACUACCGCCGCCUGCCCACCACCUCAGUGGUCAUCGCCUUCUACAACGAGGCCUGGUCCACCUUGCUCAGGACCAUCCACAGUGUCCUGGAGAGCACACCCGCCAUCCUGCUGAAGGAGAUCAUCCUCAUCGACGACUACAGUGACCGAGGCUACCUGAAAUCCCAGCUAGCGGAGUACAUCAGUAAACUGCAGCGCGUCCGGCUCAUCCGCACCAAAAAGCGUGAGGGCCUGGUCCGGGCCCGUCUCAUCGGCGCCACCUACGCCACAGGUGACGUACUCACCUUCCUCGACUGCCACUGCGAGUGCGUCCCCGGCUGGGUGGAGCCCCUGCUGGAAAGGAUCGGCGAGAACCCCAGCACCAUCGUGUGCCCCGUCAUCGACACCAUCGACUGGAACACCUUCGAGUUCUACAUGCAGACGGACGAGCCCAUGAUCGGAGGAUUCGACUGGAGGCUCACCUUCCAGUGGCACGCCGUCCCCGAGGUGGAGCGCAAGAGGCGAAAGAUGCGCAUCGACCCCAUCAGGUCCCCAACUAUGGCAGGCGGGUUGUUCGCGGUUAGCAAGGCGUACUUCGAGCACCUAGGCACCUACGACACGGGCAUGGAGGUGUGGGGCGGAGAGAACCUGGAGCUUUCCUUUCGGGUGUGGCAGUGCGGUGGCAGCCUGGAGAUCCACCCCUGCUCUCACGUGGGCCACGUGUUCCCCAAGAAGGCCCCUUACGCACGGCCCAACUUCCUGCAGAACACGGUGCGAGCGGCUGAGGUCUGGAUGGACACUUACAAGCAGCACUUCUACCACAGGAACCCGCCCGCCAAAAAGGAGAAGUACGGCGACAUAUCGGAGCGCCUGCUGCUGAGGGAGAGGCUGAAGUGCAACACCUUCCACUGGUACCUGAAGAACAUCUACCCUGACCUCCACGUUCCUGAGGACAGGGAGGGUUGGCACGGAGCUGUGCGCAGCUCGGGAAUCAACUCUGAAUGUCUGGACUACAACGCCCCGGAUCACAGCCCCACAGGCUCCCACCUCUCUCUGUUCGGUUGUCACGGCCAAGGAGGCAACCAGUACUUCGAGUACACGUCCCAGAAGGAAAUCCGCUUCAACUCGGUGACCGAGCUGUGCGCCGAGGUGCCGGAGGGACAGUCGUCCAUCGGGAUGCGCCACUGCCCCCGCGACGGCGAAGCCAAGCUGCCCGGCACCAUCUGGGAGUUCCGGGACGACAAGAGCAUCUACCACCCGCACUCCAACACCUGCGUCGCCGCCUACCGCAAGCCGGACGGCCACACCGACGUCCAGAUGAAGCCUUGCGACCCGGUGGAUAAAAACCAGCAGUGGAAGUUCGAGUGGUAGAGCUGGGCUGGUGUUUGGUGGCAGGAAGGUGCAGCUCUGCACUCUGUGGGACCCCAAGCAGCUGCUUCCUAACAACAUCCUGCGAGAGGAAAACCAAAGGAAGUGUCCAAAAAGUGUCCUUUGCUCGUAAGCUGGGCCCAAAAGUCCUGGGUGGAAAUGUCACACUUUCUUUUUUUAAUCGAUGUGAAACAUUUUAUACUUUUUAAAUCACUCUCGAAUUUCAUGUGACGCAUGUUGUGUACAAAAACACAUUCAAGGGAAAGAAAUAGUUAGAUAAUUUAUUUUUUUAGUACAAAAUAACAAAUGCAUUAUAAUAAAAGCGGAGGGUUAAAGCCUUUUAAGACCUGCAUGCCAUUAUAUUCUUAUUAGUGACAGAGCAGGAAGGGGCUUGGAUCAUGUAAACUUUCUAAUAAAGCUUCUUGUCAUUCAAUAAUGGACAUUUUACAUACAGCAAACGAUUUAUCUUAGUAAAAACAAAGAAGUAAUAAAAGUAGUUGUAUUUAAUUAUUAAUUUAUGAAUUAACAAUGGAGGUUAAUUGAUGUCUAUUAUAAAAAGCUUUUUUUUUCACAGUGUCAUUUUUUGCCUUUGAAUUUUGUGAACUGAAUCAACUCAAGCUGACAAUUUCAUUAAAUAAAAAUGUGUUUAAAAACUCAA